AUGAGUUAUGAAGAAGGAGGAAGAGCAAGACGACAAUCGACGCCCGACCUAAAGUGGGAAGAUCAAGGAGAUAUAUCUAAUAAGGAUGAUGAUGAAUGGGUUGAGAAUGAAAUCGAGGAAAUGGAAGAAAUGGAAGAAAUGGAUGACGAGGAUGAACCAGAGAGAUACGAGGUUGAAAGUGUAAUGUCACGAAAAAUUGAGGAAGGAAAGGAAAAGUUCUUAGUUAAAUGGAAGGGAUACACAAAACCCACCUGGGAACCCCGAGAAAAUCUUGAUAGCUGCGAGCAGUCACUAGAAGUCUUUUACAAGGUGGCCGAGGAUACCGAUUUGGUGACAGAACCAAUUUCUACGCCGAUUGGACCGCCCACAGAUGAUGAUUUCAAGCAAAAAUUGCGAGAUGCUUAUGAAUUCAGCUUACACCUGGACAUGGAACUAUACGAUAGGCUGAUUCUCAAGCGAGGGGUUAAAGAUAGCGGGGAUAUAGGUCCCAAGAUAGAAACUGUCCCUAUUGUUAUUACGCCAUCAGGCAGACAGAAUAGUAUAUCUAGGAAUUAA